AUGAAAAUAGAAAAAGACGAAUUGCCUCUCAGUAAGAUCAUAGUACACGAGGUGAAGGGAAACAUGGAAGUUGAUUUAGAAAGAGCGUUAGAAAUUUGUGGCGCUGGAAAAUAUCAAGUUUUUCAUUGUGCUCUCAUGGUGGCCAUCCUCGGUGCUUCUAUUUUGGAAAUUAUUGGAUAUUCUUUCAUUCUACCAGCUGCUGCUUGUGACCUCGAUCUUUCCGAUAAUUUGCGGGGCGUCAUUACGUCUAUCCCUAAUAUAGGAGUUAUAAUAACAGCACCGUUCUGGGGUCGAGCUGCCGAUGCUUUGGGAAGGAAGCCAGUCCUACUCUUCUCUACUGCAGCCUCUGGAGUUAUCGGCUUGUUUGCUGCUUUCAUGCCGGGUCUACUCAGUUUUGCGUUGGUCAAAUUUGCUGGCUCUCUUUUCUUAUCCUGUCCAUCUUCGCUUGGUUUUGCAUACACUGGGGAGUUAAUGCCGCAAAAAAGUAGAGAUCUAGCCCUUUUAAUAUGUAAUGCUCUACUCAUGCUUUUUGCUUCAUUGUGUCCAAUACUCGCAUGGGGCGUGCUUGCUUACGAUUGGCACGACGCCAUAUCUCUCAGACCCUGGAGAGUACUUACAGCUGUAUACGCUUCCCCUCUCAUACUCGCCGCUCUCUGGCUGACACAAGCUCAAGAAAGUCCAAAGUUCUUAAUAGCAAAGAACAAACCUGAAAAAGCUCUGGAAGUCUUAAAACAUAUUUACUCAAUGAAUAAUGGGUGUUCGAAAGAAAAUUAUUGCGUAACGUCAUUAAAAAAUUAUAUGGAACACAGCGAGACACAAACUGAGAAUGGAAAUUGUUCGUUCAGAGACAAACUCAGGAAAGGACCUACAUUCGCGCUACUUAGACCCCCUCACCUGAAAUGGCUGGCGUUGAUAGGAUUUUUGAUGUUUGGUUUGUUUUCCCUAUUGAAUGGCCUGUUUUUGUUUGCUCCUAAUACAAUCAACAAAGUGAUGAUGUCUCCAGACGAACCUGUCACUAUUUGCAUGCUGAUGAAUCUGCCUGAAAAUCAAACCGAAUCAGCAACAUGUGUGGACAGCAUAUCCUACGGAACUUUCCAGAUCACAGUCAUCGCUUCUCUCAUAUAUGGAACUCUAGUGAUGCUAAUCAGCCUAAGUCCCACCAAUAAGAAAACUUUAUUAAUAGGCAUGUAUGCUCUUGUAGCAGGAACUUGCUUGACCUCUGCUAUGACAUCUAAUAGGAUAGUCGCGGGAGUGUCAAUGUCAGCUCUACAAAUAACCGCCCUGGGUAUCGGACCUCUAACUGCCUACACUGUAGAGCUGUUCCCUACCAACCUCAGGGGUACUGCAGUAGGCGCAGUGAUGAUGUUUGGACGAGUCGGCUCAGUGGUAGGCGCUAAUGUUUCAGGGAUGUUCCUCGCUCAAGCAUGCACACUUACCUUCUUUAUCUUUGCGGCUCUUCUCUUUUUCUGCGCAGGACUUAGUUUUCUGCUUCCCAAGGAUCAGACAGUGACGAACAACAGA